UGGCUGCGUGUCGUUGUCACUCAGAGCGCUCCGCUUGUGUGACUGGCCUUCGAGCCUCGCGGGGGGCGGGGAUAUCGGCGGAGUCCCCGCCCCCCAUCCCACCGUGCUUUGCGGGGGUGUGUGGAGAGCUCGGCCUGGUUCCCGCGUUGAGCCCUCGCCGCCGCCGCCUCCUCAGCGUCUCUCGCCGGCCUCAGCCGCCGCCAUGUCGGACUAUAGCCCGGCCGGGCCCCCGCCCUCCGGAGGGCCCCCCGGUGGGGGAGCCGGCGGAGCCGGAGCUGGGGGCCGCCUCGGGCGGAGCGGGCGCGGGGCCCGGCCCGGGCGGAGCGGGGGGCCGCCCGGGGGGAUCCGCAAGGACGCCUUCGCCGACGCCGUGCAGCGGGCCCGACAGGUGCCUGUGGUGGUGUCAGCUCCUGUUGAGCAGAAUCCUAAACUUGAGUUGCAGCAGAUAGCGGCUAAAAUUGGGGGUGAUGCAGCUACCACGGUGAACAACAACACUCCAGACUUUGGGUUUGGGGGUCAGAAGAGGCAACUGGAAGAUGGAGACCAGCCAGAGAGCAAGAAACUGGCUGCUCAAGGUGACUCAAUGUCAGCUCAACUUGGACCGAUCCAUCCUCCUCCCAGGUCUACAGUGACUGAAGAGUACAGAGUACCUGAUGGCAUGGUGGGACUCAUUAUAGGCAGAGGAGGUGAACAGAUCAACAAAAUCCAGCAGGACUCGGGCUGCAAAGUACAGAUAUCGCCAGACAGUGGCGGAUUACCAGAGCGGAGCGUCUCUCUGACUGGAUCCCCAGAAUCUGUCCAGAAGGCGAAAAUGAUGCUGGAUGAUAUCGUGUCGCGGGGUCGUGGGGGGCCACCUGGCCAGUUUCACGACAACGCCAACGGGCAGAACGGCACAGUGCAGGAAAUCAUGAUCCCGGCCGGGAAGGCAGGGCUGGUGAUCGGCAAAGGGGGAGAGACCAUUAAACAGUUACAGGAGCGAGCUGGAGUGAAAAUGAUUUUAAUUCAAGACGGUUCCCAAAACACCAAUGUAGACAAACCCCUUCGGAUAAUUGGAGACCCCUACAAAGUCCAGCAAGCAUGUGAGAUGGUGAUGGACAUCCUGCGAGAACGUGACCAGGGAGGCUUUGGUGACCGAAACGAAUACGGUUCCAGGAUCGGCGGAGGAAUAGAUGUCCCUGUGCCCAGGCAUUCUGUCGGGGUGGUGAUUGGCCGUAGCGGAGAGAUGAUUAAGAAAAUACAAAAUGAUGCUGGAGUUCGGAUACAGUUCAAGCAAGAUGACGGGACAGGUCCUGAGAAGAUUGCCCAUAUUAUGGGGCCCCCAGACAGGUGCGAGCAUGCUGCCCGGAUUAUAAACGACCUCCUGCAGAGCCUUCGGAGUGGCCCGCCGGGUCCCCCUGGCCCAGGAAUGCCCCCCGGAGGCAGAGGCCGUGGCCGAGGGCAGGGUAACUGGGGGCCUCCUGGAGGAGAGAUGACCUUCUCUAUCCCUACCCACAAGUGUGGGCUGGUCAUUGGCAGAGGCGGGGAGAAUGUCAAAGCCAUAAACCAGCAGACGGGGGCGUUCGUCGAGAUCUCCCGGCAGCUGCCUCCCAACGGAGACCCCAACUUCAAACUGUUCAUCAUCCGAGGCUCCCCGCAGCAGAUCGACCAUGCCAAGCAGCUCAUCGAGGAGAAGAUCGAGGGCCCCCUCUGCCCAGUUGGACCUGGGCCUGGGCCUGGAGGGCCCCCGGGCCCUGCUGGCCCAAUGGGCCCUUUCAACCCAGGACCUUUCAAUCCAGGGCCACCAGGAGCUCCCCCUCACCCUGGGGCUCCUCCCCCCCACCCAUACCCUCCCCAAGGCUGGGGGAACACCUACCCGCAGUGGCAGCCUCCGGCCCCUCAUGACCCAAGCAAAGCAGCAGCGGCAGCAGAUCCCAACGCGGCCUGGGCAGCGUACUACUCGCACUACUACCAGCAGCCACCUGGCCCUGUGCCCGGCCAGCCCCCAGCUCCCACAGCGCCCCCCGUUCAGGGCGAGCCGCCGCAGCCGCCCCCAGCCGGCCAGUCCGACUACACUAAAGCAUGGGAGGAGUAUUAUAAAAAACUAGGCCAGCAGCCCCAGCAGCCCGGGGCACCCCCACAGCAGGACUACACGAAAGCCUGGGAGGAAUAUUACAAGAAACAAGCAGCUCAAGUGGCUACUGGUGGAGGACCAGGGGCACCCCCGGGCCCUCAGCCAGACUACAGUGCAGCCUGGGCAGAGUACUACAGACAGCAGGCUGCCUACUACGGACAGACACCAGGGGCUGGGGGCCCAGUGCCACCGCCCACGCCGCAGGGACAGCAGGUGAGUGAUCGGCCAUGUGCCCCGCUGCCUGCCUUCAACCCCCAGCUGUAGCUCCUCCUGCCUGGGUGAGACCCUCGGUCCCACAGGAAGUGCUUCCUGAGCGGCAUCUUUGUGCUCGUGCACCGGCUCCCACAUCGGUCGUCGACGGGGAUUCAACCCAGGACACCUCGACCUACAAGCAUGAGCUGCUACUGCUUGAGCUAAAGGACCCAGUCCAUUAGCUGGAGGCAGUAGGAGACUCGUAAACCUCUUCUAUGGAUCCGCCGCUAGGUGGCAACACAGACCCACGCUGUUAAUGUGGAUUUACGUUGACCCGUAGACACCGGGGUGGGGGGGGUGGCCAGAGGAGAUGGGAGCUCAGGGAAAUGGACAGAACUGGUAAAAGAUUCUCCAGUUUCCACUGGGCUCUUAGCUCUGGCUCACAGGUCCAUUUUCGGGGCUAGGACUUCUUCGUAGGGUUAGGGGUUGUCUUAUCCAUUGGGGGAUGUGGGAGGGAUCACUUUGUUAGCCCUGGUAGUUCGGGGAGAUCGGGCUGUUGGAAUACAGCGAACUCAUUCAAAGAGAACCUGGGUGCAGAUUCCUACGUUUCUGACCAGCUUCUCCUCCCUAAGGUGAGCGCAUGCUCGGCAGCGCUGAACUGAAAGCUGCUGUUUGCUGACCCAGGGAGCUAGAUUAGCUCCCGCUCAGCCUCUAGCCUGUCCUGCUGCAGCUCUCAGGGUCUCAGGCCUAGCACCAGGCUGACCCUGCACUGGGCCAGGCUUAGCGGUUACAUUCUAGGGCCACGUUUUUCAGAAACUGAAGCCUAAAAAUCAGGUUUCAGCCACAUCUAGGCACCUGACUAAGUGACUUUUCCAGCAGUCUGGUGAUUUCACUUACUUAGCUGCCUAAAUAUGCUGAAUUUCAAGCAGCCCCCUUUAGAAAUGCUUCCCCAGGCCAAGACUUUCAUCUGAUCUUCAGGACUGACCAAAGCUGCUGCUUCUGAAACCUAGAUUCUCUUCCAGACUCGACCUGCCAAUUUCCCCUUUUCAAAUGCCCUGCUUCAGUGGUGGGAUUUCCUAGUGUGCAGGGGAGUUGGGAGCCGAGGGCCAGUUUUCGCUCCACUCCCCAACUCGGCAGCGCAUUGCCAGUGCCGUUGCAGCAGAGGGUGACCCUGUGUUGCUUUCGGACUCUUCCGUCCGGAGCGAUGUCUAUCAGGGGUAACUGACUCCUGUCUCUCUCCCCGAUCCUUGCAGGCUCAGUGAAUUGAAUGUGAACUUCCCACCUGUGAAACCCUUUUUGUUUUUGGAAAGAGAUGGCCGCUGUUGGGGAAGGGAGCCGGCCCCUGGGUCUGAUUGCUGGGUUUCUUAGCGGAACCUCGGCUGCUCCUCCUUCGAUUCUCUUUAAAAUAAAAUAAAAUAAAAAAAUAAAAAUAUCUGAAUCCUUCAUGUUGAGCCAGCUGUAGAAGAUAGCGAACUAAAACUGCUGCAAGAACUCAGCCCUCCUGAAACACACGUCGAUUUCAGGGUAACAUGUUUUUUCUUUUCGUUUUGUUUUUAAAAAAAUAAAAAUAAAAAACUUUACAAGGAGAAAAAAAAUCACUCUGCUUUUUAGUUAGAGUUGGAACAUUCCUCGAAUAAGGUGUCGGUGUUUCAGAUAAAACAACCCCUUUCCCCCUCCCAUUUUCCCACAAUUGGGACUGGUCUGUCAUGUAUUUUGUCUGUUCGAGAGGAAACUGAAACAAACAAAAUUGUACGCUCAGUUUUUACUUUUUACCGCUUGUUUUUAACUUCACAAAUAAAUGAUAACAAAACCUCCCUGUGUCUGCUGGGUGGCAUCUGUCUGUCCAUAGGGUUUUGAAGCGGAUUGUUCUCAUGAUAUAGCUGUUGUAAAACCUGAUGAACUAAGAGCUCCUGUGGUUUUUUUAUAGUUUGAGCAGGCAAUUGUGCUUUGUUAAAUAAAAUGCUCUUUUUGUUUUGAAA